GGUGAUGAAGAUGAUGAGGUAGGUGUUUUUUUGGAAGCAGAUAAAGAACCAACUAAGGAGAAUAAUUUAAGUAUGACUGAGGAAGAUCUAUCCAUUCAAGUUUGUAGCAGAGAAGAAGAAUCUCUUGAAAUCCUCCAUCAGCAUCUUGAAUUCUUUAUUGAUUGCAGUGGUAAUCGAUUGGUUCCUAUCGCAUUGAUCGAUUCAAAGACCAAGGAAGAUUAUAGUAGAUGCAGUGUUAAGGAGGAAGAUCAAGAACACAUUGAUCAUCAAGAAGCCAUUUUGGGUUCUGAAUUACAGGUUGAGGCAGAAGUGAAAUCUGUUGUGGAAAACAGGUGUGUUGGAGGGCAAGAGGCAGUAUUUUCUGCUCAUGAGAAUAAAGAGGAGCCCAAGUUUCAACCUUUUGAAUCAAUGGAAAUAAUGAGGGAAGUUUAUGAUCAAGUUGCUAUAAUUCAAGCAACCCAAACCCCAUCUGAAGAUGAUGAUGUUCAAGCAAUGGCAGCAGAAAAUGACGAAGAAAGGGAUGCAGAUGUUCCUCAAGUAUCUGAAGAAGUAUCUCAAGUUCUAAUCAAUGAAACAGAGGCAGAGGUAUCGAUAGGGACAGAGAUUCCGGACCUGGAUACAACAGAUGAGAUUCAAACUGAAGAAACUCUUUCUUCAUAUGCAUGCACACAUGAACAUCCUUCUAUAAGUUCGGUCCAUAUUCAUGAAGAUGAUGAUCGUGGUUUUGAAAAAACACAAGGAGAGAUGGUAGAAUUGAAAAUUUUAUCAGGUGAGGUGUGUAAGCAUGGGAUAAACAGCCAUUCAUCAUUGGGUUUAGAGCUGAAUGAAAUUGAAGACAACAGAGUUCCUGAUACACCCAAUUCGACAGAUAGUUUUAAUCAAUUAAAUAAGAAAUUGCUUCUACUCGAAAAUAGGGAUUCAGGAACUGAGGACUCCUUGGAGGGGAGUGUCACAAGCGAGUUUGAAGGUGAAUUAGAAGAGGAGAGAAGUGCUUCUGCAGUUGCUACAAACCAGACUAUGGAAAUGAUAAAUAGGCUUCAGGAAGAGAAGGCGGCGAUGCAAAUGGAAGCAUUGCAGUACCAGAGAAUGAUGGAAGAACAAUCUGAGUAUGAUCAAGAAGUUUUGCAGCUGUUUAAUGAGCUAAUGGUGAAGAGGGAGAAGGAAAAACAAGAGCUAGAGAAAGAGUUGGAAAUGAAUCGAAAGAAGUUAUUGGAUUAUGAUGCAAAAGAAAAGAUGAGGAGGUUGAGAAGAAGUAAGGAUGGUAGUGCUAGAAGUGGAUUUUCCUCUGCUUCUUGUAGCAAUGUUGAAGAUAGUGAUGGAUUAUCAAUCGAUUUGAAUCAAGAAGCAAAGGAAGACAAUUACUGUUGUAGUUAUCAAGAAAAUGGGAGUCACCACACUCCUGUUGAUGGAGUCCUGGAUUUGGAGGAAUCACUGGCUGACUUUGAGGAAGAGAGACUGUUUAUUCUAGAACAACUCAAGGUUUUGGAAGAAAAACUAGAAACUUUGAGUGAUGAAGAGGAACAACAUUUUGAGGAUGUAAGCCGUGUGGGACAUUUUCAAGAAGGGAAUGGUGAUCAGUUGGAUGAAAAUGCUCAUUUUGGCAAUGAAACAAAUAGGCUUGGAAAUGGAUUUUCCAAGAAAAUUAAGGGUUCAAUGGGAAAGAGACUUCUUCCUCUUUUUGAUGCAAUUAGUGUAGAAAAUGGAGAUGGGAUGGUGAAUGGACAUGAAAAUGAGUUUCAUAUUAAUGGGUGGCACAACACCACUGUGACAAAAGUCGAAUUAGAGAGUAAGAAGAUGGACAUUGAAGAGGAGGUGAAUCAUCUGUACAAACGACUACAAGCUCUCGAGACAGAUAGAGAGUUCCUAAGGCACUGCAUUAGCUCAGUGAAGAAAGGAGAUAAGGGGAUUGAUCUUCUUCAAGAAAUUUUACAGCAUCUUCGCGAUCUUCGGAAUGUGGAUCUCAGAGUAAGGAAUUUAAGUGAUGGUGCUCUAGUAUGAUGAAAUUGUGCUCAACUAUGAUACCAAAGAAGAUUGAAGGUAAUAUGUUAUUCCUUUUGCAUGGUAGAAUCAUAUGGUACUUAAAACUAGGUUUUUAUGUCGAUCAAAUUGCAUUUGAUUGAUUUAUUGGGGUGCUUGGUACAUCCAGAUUGUGUUAGGGGAGUUCAUUUACAGCUUGGGAAACUGUGACCAAAUGAAAUAGCUGAUAGAAUUCUUCAUAAUCUAAGAAGAUUUUGAGGAGAUCCCCCUGCAGAGAGUAGGCUUCUGCAUGGUCUGUUUUUUGGUGAUGUCGAUGGACAACAAAUUGAGGUCUGCCUCGAUUCUGUUGUUUUGUUUUGGACGAAUCUUGGCACAUUGAUAAAAAGUUUGGGUCGAAGAUGCAUGUGGGAUAAGAUUUCGUACAUUCAACUAUCCCUAAACUCCGUAGUGGCAGGAGAUUCAUGAACUGAUCUCUCUCUUUUUUUUUUUU